CUGAGUGAAUGGGCCGGCGACUGUGGAGUUAGCAUCCUUAGUGUGGAAUCCCUGAUCUCUCAUUAGGAGCAACUGGCUGUUACAGCAGGGAACUGGGGUGAGAGUUGGCUAAAAAAAAAAAAAAAAGAAAAGAACGUGGAAGCAGAUAUAAUUGCAAAUCUUUCAUGCAAGCUCAAAGAAGUUGAAGAAGAGAGACUAAAAGCUGCGCAGUACGGUUUACAACUAGUAGAGAGUCAAAAUGAAUUAUAGAAUCAAUUGGAUAAAUGUCGUAAUGAAAUGAUGACCAUGACUGAGAGUUAUGAACAUGAAAAAUAUACCCUUCAAAGAGAAGUUGAACUCAAGAGUCGAAUGUUAGAAAGUUUGAGCUCUGAAUGUGAAGUUAUUAAACAACAAAAAAUACACCUGGAGUAAUUGGAAGAACAACUAAACAGAAGCCAUGGGCAGGAAGUGAAUGAACUAAAAACUAAGAUAGAAAAAUUGAAAGUGGAAUUAGAUGAAGCUAGGCUUAGUGAAAAACAGUUGAAGCACCAAAUGGAUCAUCAGAAGGAACUCCUCUCUUGUAACUCAGAGGAACUGUGCAUAAUGUCUGGACGUGUGCAGGAAAGCAUGUCUUCAGAGAUGCUGGCUCUUCAAAUUGAGCUGACAGAAAUGGAGAGUAUGAUGACCACCCUCAAAGAAGUGAAUGAACUACAAAACAGACAAGAACAGCUAGAACUUAUUACUAACCUAAUGCAUCAGGUAGACCAGCCUUUUAAAGAGGAAAAAGAGGAGCAAGAAAAAGAAGCAGAUUCUUACUAUAAUGCUCUAGAGAAAGCUCAUGUAGCAAAUGAAGAUCUUCAGGUGCAGUUGGACCAGGCAAUCCAGCAAGCCUUGGAUCCUAAUAGUAAAGGCAACUCUUUGUUUGCAGAGGUAGAAGAUCGAAGGGCAGCAAUGGAAUGUCAGCUUAUCAGUAUGAAAGUCAAGUAUCAGUCACUAAGGAAGCAAAAUGUAUUUAACAGAGAGCAGAUGCAGAGAAUGAAGUUACAAAUCGCCACAUUGCUACAGAUCAAAGGGUCUCAAACUGAAUUUGAGCAGCAGGAACGGUUGCUUGCCAUGUUGGAGCAGAAGAAUGGUGAAAUAAAACAUCUUUUAGGUGAAAUUAGAAAUCUGGAGAAAGUUAAGAAUUUAUAUGAAAGUAUGGAAUCUAAGCCUUCACUCCACUCUGGUACUCUGGUGCUGGAAUAUAACACCUAUUAUACAGAUUUGCUUCAGAUGAAACUGGAUAACUUAAAGAAUGAAAGCACUAAAGGUGAAUUGUCCAUACAGCGAAUGAAAGCAUUAUUUGAGAGCCAACAGUCUCUGGAUCUUGAGCAAAAACUUUUUGCAAAUGAAAGAUGCUUACAGCUUUCAGAAAGUGAAAAUAUGAAACUGAGAGCUCAACUAGAAGAAUUAAAACUAAAAUAUGAACCUGAAGAGACAGUUGCAGUGCCUGUACUGAAAAAGAGGCGUGAGGUGCUGCCUGUGGAUAUAACUACCUCUAAGGAUGCAUGUGCCAACAACAGUGCUGCCGAGGGAGAAGUUUAUCGAUUACCACCUCAGAAAGAGGAGACACGGUCCUGUCCUAGCAGUUUAGAAGAUAACAACUUGCAACUAGAAAAAUUAGUUUCUAUAAACACACCAGUAGGCACUCUCUAUAUGCAGCUAAAGAAGGAAAAGAAGUGUGUGAGACUCAUAGGAGUUCCAGAUGACUCUGAGGCCUUAAAUGAAAGAAGUGGAAACACCCCUAACUCUCCCAGGUUAGCUGCUGAAUCAAAGCUUCAAACAAAAGUUAAAGAAGGAAAAGAAACUGCAAGCAAAUUGGAAAAAGAAACUUGUAAGAAAUCACACCCUAUUCUAUAUGUGUCUUCUAAAUCAACUCCAGAAACGCAGUGCCCUCAACAGUAAAGACUUCUUUAAACCGG